AUGCUAUCUGAUCGCCGAACCACAACACCAAGCACCACCACAGGAGGGAGGAGGAGGAAAAAGGGAAGAUCGCCAUCGCCGCCACGCAGAAAGACGUGGGGCUUUAAGAAAGAGGCGGGCUCAGCCGGCAGACAGGAGCCGCAGCUGAAGCAGGACACCUUUCCGGUGUACCACCUUCGCUGGGAAAAUUUGAAGGCUUAUCUGGAGUCGCGCUUCCCUGAUUAUCGAUUCAGCCAACGCAUAGUCCACGGAGACUACUAUCAUUUCGACGUGCCCCGGCUGUUGACAGAGGAUGAAAGAGCGGAGAUUCUCUCGUUGAAAGAUCGGGAAGAUGUUCCACGUGUAUCUCAAUCACCCGAGAGGGAUCCUCGCAUAACUGCUUUUAGAUACUAA